AUGGCAUGCGAGGUUUUACAGACCAAGCCUCGCGACCUUGCCUCACCUCAUCCGCCUGUGAAGAUGUCCCGCGCCGCCUUCGUCGCCGGUGCCGCCCUGCUGCUGGGCGCCAGCUGCUUUGUGCUGCCGGGCAGCACGCCGCGCGGUGCCCCGGAGGCCCAGGUCUCCACUGGCCGAGCGGCCGGUGCCGCGGCGCCGGAGGCCGAGUCCGCAACCGCAGCCUUCAGCCCGCUUGCCCUGGGUGCUGCCUUGGGCCUGCUGGCCGCGGUGGUGGGCGGCCGCCCGGCUCUGGCCGCGGACCUCGAGAACGGCGAGGCCAUCUUCAACGGCAACUGCACCGCCUGCCACGCCAACGGCAACAACAGCAUCGUGGCAGAGAAGAAGCUGCAACCAGGUUGCACUCAAGCAGAACCCAUCUCUCCACCCCACGCCCUCCUUACGCAGGAAAGAUCCGGAAAGAAGAAGGAGGCUUUGGUGCAGUACGGCAAGUACGACGUGCAGGCCAUCAUGAGCCAGGUGACCAACGGCAACGGCGCCAUGCCGGCCUUUGGUGACAAGCUCGGCCCGGAUGACAUCGAGGAUGUGGCCAACUACGUCUACAGCAAGGCCGACAAGUGGUGA